AUGCGCACCGAUUCAGAAGCAAACACUGUAUAUACUCUUUUUCAUCAAAGCCAAUCAUCAAAAUCGAAUAAAGAUCGUUCAUCACGAUUAUCUGGCAUUAUUAUCAUUCUUUUACUAAUUUCUAUCAUCAUAUUGCUCAUAUUUUAUGCUAUCGAACGGAAUAAGUCAAAAGAUCAACAAAAUAUAAUAACAGCUAAAGAUACCAAUGAUGUAUGUUUAAGUCCAUAUUGUAUUAAAGCAGCAAACUAUCUUCUCGAAAGUAUUGAUGAAACAAUCGAUCCAUGUGAAGACUUUUAUCAGUUCGCUUGUGGUACAUGGCUUAAAAACACACGAAUACCUCCUGAAAAUGGUAAACAUCGUUCAAUAUCAAGACUGACGAUACGAUUAGAAAAUGCGCUUGUUGAUUUAUUUUCAUCAUCACCACCACCACCACUAAAUGAUAUAGUAGAGUCAAAAGCAAUUAUCAAUGCUCGUCGUUUGUAUGCUUCUUGUAUGGACGAGAAUGCUAUUGAAACAGAAGAUAUCGAUGUAAUACUCUCAUUAGUCAAGACAGAGUUUGGUGGAUGGCCUGUCUUAGAAGGUUUAACAUGGAACGAAUCAACAUUUGAUUUGUCUCGUUUGACACUUAAAUUAAACCAAUACAAUAAUUUUAUAUUAUACACAAUCAAGUCAGUCGCUGACGAUAAGAAUUCAUCGGUUCGAAGUAUUCGAAUCGAUUUCAGUAAUCUUCGAGAAAAUCUGAUGCAUUUUACGAAAGGAAUAAAAGUUUUUAUAGCUUAUUACGGGUACUUUCAUAACUUGACUCGAGCAUUGACCAAUGACACGUCAACAAUCGAUGAUGAUGUUCUUGCUUUACAAAAUUUUGAAUUAGAAAUCAUACAAAAACUGAUGAAACAUGACAAACUAUCUUUUCAAGAUAUUGUUCGUACAACAGUUGGUAAUCUUUCACGUAUAGUGAACUCUGAUUUUACUAAUCAACUUCGUCGUUUAUAUCUAUUUGGAAAUGUAUCUCUUAUUGAUACAGACAUUGUUACUGUGUAUGCACCUAAAUUUUUGCUUGAUAUUAUAUCAAUUAUUGAUCAACAAUCACCACGUACUAUACAGAACUACAUGAUAUGGCGUUUCAUGAUGAGCCGAGCUUUGAAUAUGCCAAAACGAUUUCGAAACAUCGUACAACAAUAUAACUAUGUGUUUUAUG